GAAGAGGGUAAAAAUUUACGUGACUAUAUAGGCGACUGGUUGAAACGGUUAAAGGACUUCCAGCAACGUUUAAAGGAUAGCGUUGGCAACAAGUUAGCUGCCAUUGCAGAAUUUGUCGCCUUGCAAACGGAUGUUCGAAAUCAAUUGGAUUCAUUAAAGUCGACUCCUGUACCAGACGUAUUCAACUUGUCUGUGAUGUCGUGUAAUGAGCGGUUAGAAGAACUUGAGAGAAUGGCAGAAAUUUGUGAUAAAUUGAAAAACAGAAUGGUUUCGGCAAAUACGGCUGAGUUGGAUGCAGAAAAAAAUGUUGAAAAAGAUAACUUAUUGAGAGAAUUGGAAAUGAUGGAGGAUAAUCUUAAGUCCGAAAAGGACACCUUAAAGAAGCGUCUGUCGCACCUGCUUGAACAGGAGAAGCUAGCUCAACAGGCAAAGCGACUUAUAACGGACAUUGAAACGUUUGUUGAUAAGGGCAACAAACUUUUGUUGGAUGAAGAUGCAAAUCCAAAUUUCUAUGAUCGUGUAGCUAACGAGUCUAAGGAAGUGUUGGACGCCGCAGAUGAAUUGUUCCAAUCGCGUUCAGUGGAGGAUGAAGAUUUGGUUGAAAAGUUAAAAACUUUAUUGAUAAACGGUCAAGACAUCAAGGAAAAACUUUCUGGUCGGUAUAAUUUGUGGAACAAAUUUGUUAGCGAACGUGAUUUGGCAAUGGAGAACUUGGAGCAUAUCCGCGGCUUAAUAGAUGUAACAAAAUCGUUACGUUCAGCUGAAGAAGUUUUGAGCGAUUUGGAAUCGUUAAAGGCCGCCAAUGAAGUGUUUGAAAAGUUGAAGGAUCAUAUGAAGAUAUUGGGUAGCUUGUGUGAUCAGCUAAGUCCAUUGGCUACUACUUAUGCCGAUGUUCGAUUUUUCGAUGUUGAUGUUGAACAAACACAGGAGGAAUACGAGAAUUUGAUGUCGGAAAUGAACAGGGAAUUGAAUGACGAAAAAGCUUUUUGUGAGCAGCAAGAGCAAUUGACUGCUGAAUUUGGUCGAAUAGAAAGUGAACAAUUAGCAAGUCGUGAUAAGGAUCAAAUUAUUGAGAUCAUCUCUUAUCAGUUACCCGCACUGGAAGCAGCAGUCAAGCAGUUCUGCAACGACAUUGAGAAUUCCGCAAGGACACGAAAUUAUGUGGAGUCAGUGGUCACACCAAGUGCCUUACGCAGCCGUUUUGAAGAGUUGAAGAAAAAAGCUGACGAACUGCUUUUAGAAAUUGAACAAGAAGAAGAGCUCAGUAGGGUUGCUGAAUUGCAAGAAAAGCUUGAGCAAAUUUCUUUAAAAUCAGCACCAAAUGAGGAAGAACUGUUGAAACUGGAAGAACAAAUUCAACAAAUACCAGUUGAGCGUGAAGAUGUAAAAUUGCUUGCUGAUCAGUUGCAAUCGAUUCGUGCCAGGAAGCAAGAACAAGAAGCUGUAGAAAAGGAAAUGUCUGAAGAGUUAAAUCAAGUUACAGAAGAUAUGAAGAAUAUAGAGCAAAAUCUAACAGCUAUAUUGUCCCGAGAAAGGUUUGAAGAUGGCGAUUUGAAAGAACUAGCUAAGCUAAAGGAUGAGGUGGAAAACAAUUUACUGAAAAAGACCGAUGAAAUAGCUUCAAAAAUUGCUGAAAGCAAUGUCGUGCUGAAUAAUUUGGAGCCAGAAAUCCAACGUGAACAUGAUUUUGUUGAAAAAGUAAAGGCUCUGAUUGCUGACAAGACUGAACAAGUGGAAUACAAGGAAGGUGUAAGAAAAGCACUGAAAGAGCUUGAAAAUGAACUUGUCGAAAGUGAUAAUUUGUCCGCCACGGCGCAGAACAUUCGUUUAUCAAAAGAUGUUGAUAGAGUGAAGGAACUGUUGAGAAGAUUGAAAGAACUACAGUCUUCACUUGCUCAGUACAUCGAUCGCUUAUCUGCUGUUAAAGGUGGUGAUUUCGAUGAAAAUGAAAUGGGAAUGAUCAUUGAAAAAAUCAGGGAAGCAGAGGCAACUGCAGAAGGUAUGAAAGCGCUGGAUGAAGCUCUAAGUGCACAAAUUGAAGCAGUUAACCAUUGGAACGCAGACAAAGAACGGUUGAGGAAUGAAACGGAACCGGUUAUUGAAGCAAUUCAUACACUUGUUGAUGAAUAUGCUAAUCGA